AUGCUGGAGGAUGACAGCGAGGAUGAGCAACAAAAGAGCAAAACCACAAAGAAGAAAUACAAAAAGACGAUGGGUCAGGAGAAAGUAGGUGAUAAACGGAAGAAGGGUGAACAGGACCACAGCGCUGUUAAGAAACUAAAGAAGGCUAAUGAAACACAAAAGGAAAAGGAAACGGGGAAAGAAGAGGAGAAAAGGAAACAGGAUAAAGAAAACAAGAAGAAAGAGGAUGAGAUCAAGAGACUGAAGGAGGAAGAACAAAGGAGACAGGAAGAGGAAAUAAAACUGAAGGAGGAAGAGCAAAGGAGACAAGACAAACAAAAACAGGAGGACGAAUUACGACUAAAGGCGGAACAAAAGAAACGAGAGGAAGAACAGAAAAAGCAAGAGGCACAGAAGCAGGAGAAAGAGACACAAUUGAAGGAUGAAGAGCAAAGGAGACAAGAAGAGCAAAGGAGACAAGACAAACAAAAACAGGAGGACGAAUUAAGACUAAAGGCAGAACAAAAGAAACGAGAGGAAGAACAGAAAAAGCAAGAGGCACAGAAGCAGGAGAAAGAGACAAGAUUGAAGGAUGAAGAGCAAAGGAGACAAGACAAACAAAAACAGAAGGAGGAAUUAAGACUACAGGAAGAACAAAAGAAGCAGGAGGAAGAGAUAAGAUUGAAGGAGGAGGAAGAACUAAAGAGACAGAAGGAGGCAGAAGUUAUCUUGAACAAAAUUGAUGCCAUGAGUGUACAACUUAGACUUGGUGAAGACCACUGA